GGAUAACCCAGGGUUCUGCAAACUUGGCUCUUUUAAGACUUGUGGACUUCAACUCCCAGAGUUCCGCAGCCAGCUUUGCUGGCUGAGGAAUUCUGGGAGUUGAAGUCCACAAGUCUUAAAAGAGCCAAGUUUGCAGAACCCUGGGAUAACCAACAAUGCUGGGUUAGUUAGGCUCAGAACCCAAAAGUGUUGGGAAGCGGCCCAGGUGGGGAAGGGCGACACGCGACACUCCACGUUUCUUUUUGCGGGACUCCCGUGACCGCAGCGGCGCGUCCGAAAUAAAAAAAAAGUUUUUUUUCUCGCCAAGCCCCGCUCGCAAAGUUCCUUGAUUUGAUCGCGGGUGAGCCGGAAUGGCCUCGGGCGGCCCCCGUAGCCAGACGGAGGGCGGGGCGGCAGACGCGCAGGCGCGCGGCGCUUUUCAGCACGGCCUCGGCGCCAUAGCAACCGGCGGUGUGAGGUGGGGGCGGGGUUGAGGAAGGCCCUUCAAGGCGUCGGGCCUCGCGCCUUUUAUCCUCUCCGGCUCGUGAGGCAGCCGGGGUUGCAGCGCGGCGUCGGCGGGAAAAGGCCUCCCGCUCUGUGGCGCGUCCCCGACUCGACUUCGCCGGGAGGGAAGAAAGCGGCGCCCACCCACUCACCCCACCCCCACCCGCGCGCAAGGGGUGCUGGGAGUUGUAGUCGGGCGCCCGACUGAAAAGUGGGAGUGGGUCUAUCUCGCCUUGCAGCCCGGGCUGACUUUGGGCCGCCUCCGCCGCUUUCCCCCGGGGCGAGCGGGAGAUGUCGUCGUCCCUUCUGUCGGUGCAGGAGGAGAACCGGCUCCUGCAGCAGGAGCUGUCCCGCGUGGAGGACCUGCUGGCCCAGAGCCGAGCCGAGCGCGAUGAACUGGCCAUCAAGUACAACGCUCUCAGCGAGAGGCUGGAGGAUGCGCUGCGCCUGGAGACGGGAGAGCAAGAGAGCCUGGAGAACAGGAGCCUGGCCAAGCAGAACAUCGAGCUGCGCCGGCGGUUGGAGGAGGACCAGGCGUCCUACAAGCGCAAACUGCAGGCCUACCAGGAGGGACAGCAGCGGCAGGCACAGCUGGUGCAGAAGCUGCAAGGCAAGGUUUUGCAGUACAAGAAGAAGUGUGGGGAACAAGAGCAGCAGCUGCUGGAGAAAUCCACAGAGCUGGAGCAUCAGCAGCUGGCGGGCCAGUUAGACGUGUCUGAGUCGCUUCUAUGUCACGACGAAGAUCAAAGCAACGACCUGGAAAAUGCUCUGAUCCGUUUAGAAGAAGAGCAGCAAAGGAGUGCCAGUUUGGCCCAGGUCAACGCCAUGCUGAGGGAACAGCUAGAGCAAGCCAACGUGGCCAAUCAGGCCCUCAGCGAGGACAUCCGAAAGCUGACCAUGGACUGGACGAAAGCCCGAGAGGAGCUGCAGCAGCGGGAGGCAGAGUGGAGGCGAGAGGAAGAGUCGUUCAACGACUAUUUCAGCAGUGAGCACAGCCGGCUGCUCACCCUCUGGCGGCAAGUGGUCAGCCUCAGGAGGCACUUCAGCGAAACGAAGAGCAUGACGGAAAGGGACCUCUCGGAGCUGAAGAGCGAGCUGUCCCACACGAGCCGCGGUGUGAACGCCACCUGCAUGAACCUGAGCGGCCGCCUUCACCUGUCGGAGAGCACGGCCAGUGCAGCUGUGGAGAAGCAGGUGCUGCUGACAGCUCAGCUGGAAGACAAGGUCAGGGACGUGAUCCAGCUGCAGGUCCGGUGUGACACCGAGAAGGUGGAGCUGAGCACCAGGCUCAACGAAACUCUCGCAAGCCUGGAGCGCCUGAAAGGGCAGAACCUGGAGAAGAGCCGGAAGAUUGAAGGCUUGAGCCACAAGCUGGAGACUUUGGAAGCCUCCCGGGCGCAGGAACAGGCUGUGGAGGUAGAAGCCCUGAGGAGGGAAGCCGAGAAGCUGCACCAGGCGCUACGAGAGAUUGCCCAGGCUGUGAUCUUGGACGCUGAAGGCACCGGUCACCUCCCACCGUCAAACCCAACGGCUGACGUUUCGGCCAGCAACGGCACCGGUCUGCGGGGCUUGUCCUCUCCCCUGCGGAGCUCCUCGCCUCGACGCAGCCUCUCCCCUGUCUUUGCGGUCUCCACCCUGGCUAUGGUGCAGUCCGCCCUACAGACACGCCAGCUGCAGCUGCAGGAACUCCGGGGAAAAUACGAGGCCGCUCAGGAUCUGGUGUCUUCCCUGAAGAGGCAGCUGGCAGAGGAGAACCACGAGCGACAGUCUUCGGAGCAGACAGUCCUGCAGCUGCGAAGUGAGGUGGAGAAUCUGACUCGGGCCAGAGAGGAGGCAGACCGGGUUGCCAGCCACGUCCGGUCGGCGGUAGAGUUACUGGGCGGUGAGAAGCUGUCCUUGGAGAAGAGCCUCCGGGCUGCAGAGCAGGAAGUGGAAGAGCUGCGUCAAGAGAAGGAGAAACUGCAGCUGACCAGCAGCGACCUCCAGCACCAGCGCGAUGCCCUGGAGGAGGAAAGAGAAGACCUCCUGAAGGAUCGAGAGCGUGCCUGGAAGGAAGUGGAACAGAGCCACAAGCAGCUGGACCACCUGGAGGCCGCCAAGUCCAGUCUGAAGAAUGAGCUGGUGCUGGCGAAGGAAGCCCUCAGCCAUGCGACUCUGGAGAAGGAAGUGUUGGAAGAGGAGAAGGCCAAAGCAGCCGAAGCUCUGGCCAAGAACGAGGGGAGCCGGGCCGAGCUGGAAGUCGCUCUGAACCGGCUGAAGGCUGAGGAGGCCUCCAUGCGUGAUUCCCUUGCCAAAAUGAGUGCCCUCAACGAAGGGCUGGCGCAAGACAAAACGGAGCUGAACCAGAUCCUCAUCCAGCUGGAGGAGGAGAAGGCUUGUCUGCUGAGCAGGAAGCAGGAGGCGGAGCUGGAGAAAGCCUGCAUCCGGGACGACCUGGCCCGCUUGGUGCAUGAGAAGCGGGAGCUCGACUCGGAGCGCCGAGGCCUGGGCCAUUCCCUGCAGGCGGUGGAGCAGAGCCAGGAGGCCCUGGAGCAGGAGCUGCUGGCCCUGCAGGGGGAGAAAGGGUGGCUCCAGGAACAGCUGGAACAGCUGUCCCGCCAAAGGAACGCAGCCAGCAAGGAGCUGGGCCAGGCGUGCCAAGAGCUGGAGCGCCAGAAGGAGUCUGCGUUCCGGGUGGCCCAGGAGAAGGAGACGCUGAUGAAGGAGAAGGCCGGGCUGAUGGUACAGGUGGCCGCCUUGGAGCGGGAGAACCACUGCCUGCUGGAGGAGCUCGCUGGCCUCAGGUCUGGAAAGGACUCCCUGGAAGCCUCGCUGUUUGAGAGCCAGCAAAGGCUGGCCCACCUGGAAUCCCGGAGGGAGCAGCUGGAAACGGGCAGCCAGAGCCUCUUUCUGGCCAAAGAGGCCUUGCAAGCGGAGCUUGCAAACGUCCACAAACAGUUGGAGACGGAGGUGAGCCGCCUGGAGAGGGACAAGGAGCUGGUGGCCCAGAACCGUGCCUUGGCGGAGCAAGAGGCCCAGGCCGCCCGGAGGAACAUGCAAGCUGCCCAGGCGGAGGUUGAGCGACUCCAGCGGGAGAAGGAGGCGCUGCGACAGGAGCAUGAAGCCGAGCGGGACCAGCUGAGGCACCAACUGAGGCAGGAGCGGGAGGAUCUGCUGGUCCAGCACGAGGCUGAGAAGGAGGAGCUGAGGGUGGAGGUGUCUGCUCUGCAGCGGGAGCGGGACGAGGACCUCCUGCUGGCGGAGAACGAGAAGCAGCAGGCACUCUCUGUGAAAGACUCAGAAAAGGCUGUUCUCCUGGAGAAGCUCCUGACCACCCAGCAGAGCUUGGCCAACAUCACCCUGGAGCUAGAAAGGCAGAAGCGCGAGAGCCGCAGCUGCCAGGAGCAGGAGCGGAACACCGCCAAUGCUUUAAAUGCGGAGCUGCGAAAUCUGCGUUCUCAGUUGGAAGAGGCCAUCGUAGGACACAAACGAGAGGCAAAGGGCCUGCAGGACCAGGCCAGGGAGCUGGCGAAGCAGCGGGAGUCUGCCCUCUGCGAGGUGGAGGAGCUAAAGACGCGGCUGCAGCUGCUGGAGGAUGCCCGGGAACUGAUCCGCCGAGAACUGGGGGAGGCCCAUCGCAAGGUGCGCGAAGCCCAGGAGGCCUGCGAUCUGCAACGUAAGGAGGCGGCGGACCUGCGCCGUGGUCUGAACGAUGAGGGCAAGGAGAAGGAGGCCUUCCAGAGGUCCAACACGGAGCUGCGGAUGGCCCUCAAGCGGGCUGAGAGCGAGCGCAUCAGUUUGAAGCGCGCGACCGAGGAGAAGGACCAGAAAAUUUCAGUCUUGGAGGAGGCCCAAGCAGCUGCUGGCAAGGAGGCCGCAGACGUGCGCAGCAGCCUCCAGGAGGUGGAGCAGUCGCGGCUGGAAGCCCGUAGGGAGUUGCAAGAGCUGCGGAGACAGGUCAAGAUGCUUGACAGCGAAAACAGCAAGAAAAACAAAGAGGUAGCCGAGCUCCAGGCCCGGGUUGCCCUUGAUGAACAGCGAGAGGAGGAGAGCCGGCGGGAAUCCUUUGGCCUCAAGCAGAAGAUUGUGGAGAGCGAGGCUGGCCGGGAGUCGGUCCGGAAAGAGCUCCACAACCUGCAGCGGAAGCUCAUGGACCUAGAGCAGGAGUCGCGCCUACGGGAGAAGGGGCUGCUGGGGAGCCUGGAGGAAGCCCGAGUCACUGAGAAGAAGCUGUUGGACGACGUCCGCAACCUGGAGAUCAAGCUGGAGAAGGCCCAGGCAGAGGGGGCCGAGCUGGGCCUGCGGCUGAGCGCGGCCGAGGGUCGCGCCCAGGGCCUGGAAGUGGAGCUGGCUCGCCUGGAGGGGCUGAAACGAGAGGCGGAGUACAAGCUGGGUAGACUCCACUCAGCCCUCCGACGGACCCUGGGGGUUAGCCGCAGAGGCCGUGUCCCCCGAGCGAGGGUCAGCAGUGGCUCUCCAAAGAUACUUUUCUCCCCUCCCAAAGGAACCUCUAUCGUUGAGGGGCCCAACGGCAGCCCCGCCUCGUUGGCCAGCACCCCGUUCUCCCUCCCCGUCUCACCGGAGCGACCCCCGUCUCCCAGCCAGCCCGGGCAGCUGGUGGCAGACAUCGACCCGGAAGUGGUUCAGAAUGUGCUGCGAGACUUCCUGGAAGAGCUGAGGGAGGCCCAGCAAGAGCGGGAUGAAGCUCGUUCUCAGCUGGGUGGCCUGAAGUGUCAGCUGGCCGAGACGGAGGCCCAGCGUGACCUGGCCAGCAGCCGUGUGCAGCAGCUGCAGAAGCAGGUGGCCGCAUGCGAGGAAGAGAGGCGCAAUCUGGAUGGGAAGCUGACCGGGGCCCAGACGGCUUUGAUGCUUCAGGAGGAGACCCUGCGCUGGAGUGAGCGAGAGCGCAAGGCCCAGGCAGAGAAGCUGGCUGCGCUGGAGCACGACCUGCAGGCGGCCUCAAACGAGCGGAGGGCCACACAGGAGAAACUCAGCAAGAUGAAGGCCAACGAGGCCAAGCUGGAGGUGGACAAACGACGGCUGAGAGACUCCUUGGCCAGUUCGGAGAGCCGCAGCACCAAACUGGAGCUCCUGCGGCGGUCACUGGAAGGGGAACUGCAGCGGGCCAAGGUGGUGCUGAGUGACCGCGAGGCUGAGCUCCAGCGUCUUCAGGAGCGCGUCACCCUCAUGCAGAGGCAGGUGACUGAGAGCGAGACGAGAGCCGGUGCGCUGCAGCACUCCUUGGACCACCUCAACCUCUCGUUGGCCAAGGCUGCCGAUUCUGAGACUUCACUGAAGGAGAAGUUGCAGGGGCUGACGUCCACCUUGUCCGAGAGCCAGAGCAGCUCCCUCUCGGCCCAGGAGAAGCUCCUGCAGUUGCAGAAGGCCUUGGCAGCUGGGGCACAUGAGCAGAGAGUCUUGCAGGAGCGACUAGACGCAGCCCGUCAUGCCCUCUUGGAAGCAAAGAAGCAGAACGGGGCACUUUCGGAGCGCCUCCAAGCCCUAAAGGGACAGCAGGCCGAGCUGGAGCUGCAGAAGGAGGAGCUAGAGGGGCUGGGAAGACAGCAGGAAGAACUGCUGCGCCAACGCCAGGAGGGGGAGGCGGAGGCCCUGCGGAAGCUCCAGAAGGUGCAAGAGGACCGGCGCCUGCUCCAGGAGCGCCUGGGCAGUCUGCAGAAGGCCCUGGCCCAGCUGGAGAGCGAGAAACGGGAAGCCGAGCGCCUGUCCCUGCGCCUGGAGAAGGAGAAGGGCGCCCUGCGGAGAACCUUGGAUAAGGUGGAGCGCGAGAAGCUGAAGACUCACGAGGACUCCGUGCGGCUUUCGGUGGAAAAAGGGCGCCUGGAUCGUUCCCUCACAGGCGCAGAGCAAGAGCUGAUGGGAGCCCAACAGCUGAUACGGCAGCUGGAGGCGCAGGUGGCAGAGCUGGAGCAGGCCCGGGGGAAGAAGCCUCUUGUCAAAGCGGCUGCCCCACAGCGGCAGGAGGGUGAGCGCCUGAGCGGUUCCCGCUGUCCUGGAGGCAAAGGGCUGGAAGAGCAGAUCUCGACUCUGAAGGAGCAGCUACAGCAAGACACCCAGAAGGGGCAGCUUUAUUUCCCGCCUUCCCCUCUCUUUUCCGGACACUAGCUGUGGCGGCAGACAAGCGGAGAGAGCCGAGCCCCUCGUCUCUAAAGAGUGCCACGGCAAGAGGGGCCACCUUCCUCCAAUCCUUUCAGGGCCUAGAUUCACACGCGGCGCAAGGUAGUGCGAACGGCUCCUUUUUUCCUUUUUUCGAGAAGACCUCGGUUGUCUGAACAGUUUUGUUACUUCUCGGAUCCAAGCUGGAUCAGAAUGAGAAUUCAUCCCUCAUAAAGACGACCGAAAAGAAGCUCCCGGGGGAAGCAAAUGGCGAUCCAUGCCGGACUGGUGUCAGAAGGCUCCAUUCCUUUCCUGGUGGAGAACGGGGUAGGGGGGGGGGCCUCUGAGCAGGUCCUGGCCUGGUCUCUGGCUCGGGGGAGAGAGCCCCCCACCUCCAUUGCCUGGAGCAGGGUUUGUGUCCCAGGAUGGGCCAAAGGGAAUUGGAGCUCCCCGACCAAGGAUUUUUUAAAAAAAUUUAACCGUAGAUCCUAAUCAGGUGCGUAUUUUUCUCUGUUGGGGCUCUUUAUGUAGCAGCCAAUCAAGGAAAGUAGAAAGUCAUUUUUUUAUAUAUAUAUCAGUGGAAUUGUUGGUUUUCCAGGUUUUGCUCCUGGUCCUCAUUAUGUA